GACAUCUGCGACUUGUGGCAUCAGCUGCGUAACAAGCUUGAGAUUCGCCUGCGCAGCGAGCGGUGGCGCAACCUCGCUAAGGAGAUGUCUCUCACCGACAUGGAGCUUGUGGAGAAACUCGAGGUUGUGCAUGUCGAGACGCAGUCCUUUGGUGUACCCGGCCUGGCGGUCAUACCGCCUCCACCGAUGCAUCCGCCCCCACCACCAGCCGCAGCCGCAGCUGCCGGUGCCGCUGCCGGCGCAGCCGCUGCUACCGCUGCUACCGCUGCUGCCCCGACUGCGGGAGCAGGGGCAGGCGCGGCUCCAGGGCCAGCCAUGCCUCCCAUGCCUCCAAUACCCAACAUCUUCGGAUUGCCCAUUCCCCUGCCGGUCCCAGCCGGCCCUGCGGGAGGCCCUGCCGCCAUCAUCCCCGGCCAGCCUUCUCAGGUUCCUGGUACAGGGGUGCCCCUGGCUCCGAUGCCCGGCACUUUGCAAGCCCCGCUUAUCCUGCCAAUGCCCUUGGUGAAUCCUGCGGGACCCCAAGCUGCCCCUGCCGGGCCAGCCGGGCCUGGCGUAGCCACGCCCGCCGUUGCGGCAGCCACCGCCAUUGCUUCCAGCACAGCGCAGCAGGUCGCCGGCGUGGUGCACCAGCUGAUCAACCAAGUCAUGCAGGCUGGCCCGAAUGGCGGAGCUGGAGGCGCCGGAGCCGCCGGGCCUCCUCCGACGGGACCGCCCCCAGGCCUCGGAGGGCUACGGGACAGCCUGCGCUUGAACGUCAUCCGCGUGCUGCACUUCAGCCUAGGGGAUCAGAGGAUCGCCGGGCGGCUGCACUUAGGGAUCGAGUCGGAAGUGCAGAGAGACAGAGAGGGCGACCGGGCGACUUCUCCGGCACGGCCCGACAUUCUCUGCGUAGAGGUGGAGCUCGCCACAGGGGAGGAUGCUUUUCAGCCCCUGGCGGCCGCCCACCGAAUGGUCCAGUUCUCGCCUCCGGGUGCCGGGGAUGGCGGCCGGUCGUUCGGGCCGUGGACCUGCACCGACAAGCGCGAGGUGGACUCUUGCUUUGGACGAAGGAAAAGCGGCUUGGGCAGCUACAACGUGUCCGUGCAGGAUACAGGAAGUAGCGGGGCCCAAAAGGGCCGUGACGGCGUUCCUGCAUGGGACGGCUCUGCUGAUACUUUUCAGUCUUACUGUGAAUCAGCACAGCUCUAUGAGCAGGCCACGCCGUAUCACAAGAGGUAUCUCGUAGCACCUCGCCUUCUCAGUGAACUUCAAGGUUCAGCUCGUCGAUUAGUGGUUGGACAACCAGCAGACUGGGUGUCGUUUGCCGGUGGCGUGGAUCAUCUUUUGAGUCACCUCAGACGAUGCCUGGGUAAACCACAGGUUCCGGAGCUUACAGAGCUUCUCGCCAAGUACUUUAAGAACUCAAGACGCCGACCAGGCGAGCUCAUGGGCGACUAUAUCAGUCGCAAGUGCGAGCUGUAUGUGAGGGCUCAGCAAGCAAUGGACCGAGUACGUCCUCAUCACGAUCAACGAAGUGACACCGCGAACGCAGCGGCGCCCACCUGGAGCUGGCAGCCUCGCCAAGGGCGGCGGCUGAGUACAGAUUCCUGGAUGAGUGGAGAUGCCGGAACAGAGGCCAGCGAGCAAGGUGGCGAUGGUGGCAUCCAAGCGGCGGCGCCAGUGAGUGAUGCUGGUACUGCAAAUACGGAUGCAGCCGAAACCUGGCGCACUUGGGAGUGGCAGAGCUCCUGGGACUCUCGUGGUCAGUCAUGGAAUCAAUGGAGUGGCUACAACUGGUACGACAACUCGAGUCGUGCGGGUUAUUGGCCAAGCUCGGUCCGUACUCAGCUACCCGAGCUGAUACCCGAGUUUGUUCAAUCAUGGAUGUUGCUGCAAGAUGCUGGGCUUGAGCCGGCAGAGCGGAACACUGUGAUGGUGGCCACGCAAGGGGACAUGCGACUGCAAAGAGUGGCGCAAGAGCUGCGCAACCAUUUCGUGGAUGCGGACCUCAAGAAACGGGACAGUCAUCGGCGGGGACAAGGGUUUCUCGGCGAGGCCUACCUAGGCCUGGACGAGGAUGAUGAUGGCGAGGACCAGGGUCCCGAGGCCGCCUUCAACGCGGAGGCGGAGUUGAAUGACGAGGGAUUGGCCAUGUGGGGAGAAACCGAGCAAGAAGUACAACAGGCUAUGGCGGCGAUGCAGACCGCCCGUCGCACCUUACGUGGUGCUCGUGAGCGCCAGAAACAGGUGAAACAGAAUCGCCAAUACUAUCGCGGCUCAGGUUCCUCCUCCUCGCAGCCAAGUGGUCCUCGACUUUGUCUUCGUUGUGGUCAGAGUGGUCACAAGGCCGCCGAGUGUAUGGCCCCAAAGCCUCAGGCACCGAUCCAGAAAGAGAUGGCCCCCUUCAUCUGUUUUGCUCAGGAUGAGGUCGAGGCCGCCUGGGCUACACAGGAGGCUCAGGCGAACCUCGUCACCACGGCCGAGGCGGUCUCAAGUGGCAAGGCCGUGAUCGACUGUGGAGCCACGAAGUCGCUAGGGUCAGUUGAGGCCUUGGAACACAUGAUGCGCUUGAGCCAGCAUGGAGUUGACGCCAUUGACACUGGCGAUGCACCAGUGUUUGGCUUCGGGAACUCUUCAGAGGAUCGAUGCGUUUCUACGCUCCACUUGCGGCUUGCUGCAGGUGGUCGUCCAGGAGUGAUUCGCAUCCACGCGCUCGACAAAGGCAGCGCGCCAGUGUUGAUGAUCGACGAGUGCUACAGCUUGAAUGUUCCUCAAGCGGCCAUCUUCUACUUCCCCUCACAGGUGACAUACUGGAAGGAACUACGUGCAGUGUUGAUCCAGUUGGGAGAGCAACCUCUACGAGACUGGACCAAACUGGAGCUAGCUUUUCGCAUUGCCGAGCUCACGGGCGAGGACAUGAGUGUCAACAUCAAGAAGAAGUCAAAGGACAAAUCGCCCAUGCAGGAGCUGACGCAGAAACUCAACGCAGCUGCACGGACGCGCAAAAGCGAGCUGAUCAGGUUCUGCGAGAGCGAGCUUCGGAUGACCAAUCUGGAUCGUUGGACAGUCGAUCGGAUCAAGAUGGAGGGAAUGAAGCGAGUGAUGGAGCUCACGGAGGGCGACUUCCGCGACGCGGUAUCCUUCGGCAGACACGGGUUGCUGACGUACCAGGAGCUGUACACUCAGGAAAAGUCGUAUUGCCAAUGGGUCCUACAGACGGCCCGCGACAGGCCGACCGAGAGCGAUCCACGACUACGACGUCUGGCUCGCUGGAUCGAGUCUCAGGACCAUGCCGAGCUGCAGUCCGAUUCUCCAGCGAAGCCGGGCCAGACGAUCUUGGCUCUUCUACAGAAGAGCGGCUACGUGGGGAGCACGACGGUGACCUUGGCGACACCCAAUCGGGACGAGCGCGUCGAUGCUCUGACGGCCUUGACCAAGGAGCUGCACGCGGAAGUGGUAGCCCUCAAGUCGGAGCGAUGCCCCGAGCCGGUGCGCAAGAAGGGCAAGGAUCAGGACAUCGAGAUCGAGAGCACGGAGGGCAAGAACGAUUCUCCGGCGACAGCACAGCCGUCGUCUAUGGCAGCCACUCAAGGUCCGUCGCCGCCCAAGACAAUGAUGCUGUCCUCGAGGGCCAAGAGCUUAGAGACCAGUGCGUGGAGUGUGGUUCCGGGUUUGUUUCAGGAGCUGAACCGCAAGCACUACGUGGUCCUAGGUGCGUAUUCUCACGGCAACCAUUAUGGCAUAACCAGUCGAACCGAGCAACUGCCGGAAACCACUAGGAUCUGGGUAGAAGACCUAGAGCCUGCUGGGAAGGGUGCUUCCGUUCCGAACGGAAGCACCCAGAAUACUGUCCGGAAGGUGCUACCAACGGGCGAAGAGCGCGAUGGGACGCUACACGAGGUGCGUCACAAGGUGACUCGGCCCGUAUCAAACGACAACUUUAUCUGCUUCAUGCCGCCACAGGAACAUGUGCAGUUCAUGGUGGUGAUCGAUGAGGGGUCCAGGAGUCAGGGGAUUGUGGACUUCUGCGAUAGGGAACACAUAUUCUUGGACAACGUUCCUGCUGAUGCGCAUUGGCAAAUUGGAGUGUGUGAACAAGCAGUGCAAGGACUCAAAUCAGUCUUGGACAAGUUGUGUGCCGACGAUCCCGAUUUAAGUCCUGAAGCCGCUCUCUCUAUGUCUGUCACCGUGUUCAAUCACAGGGAUCAAGUCAGGGGUUUCUCGCCCGUACAGCAUGCGCUCGGAAAGGCCCCCGACGUGACGGGCCGGUUCAUUGAUGUGCCGCAUGCUGUGCCAGAUGAUCGGAUCAUAGAGAACGCCUCCGAAGAGUUUCGCCAGUCGGCUAAGCUACGAGCGGAGGCCGAGAAGGCUCAUGCAGAGUGGAAUGCGCGACAAAGAGUGAGUCGAGCGCUCAACUCAAGAUCGCGCAAGGUCCAGGACUUUCAGCCGGGUGAUCUUGUGUAUUUCUGGCGUUCCCAGGAGUCUGGAGAGAGUCGAAAACAACCAGGUUCCAAACAAGGACGCUUUCUGGGUCCAGCGAGAGUGUUGGCCAUGGAAUCCCGACAGUCGGAUGGAACCAUCAAGCCUGGAGGCAUAGUGUGGUGCGUCCGCGGACGACAGUUAAUCAAAUGUUGCGUGGAGCAGCUACGAUUGGCAUCAGAACGGGAGGAGCUCUUGGACACGCUCGCGAGCACGCAAGGCGAGGAGUCUACGCCAUGGACCUUCACUCGUCUUGCAGAGGAACUUGGCGGAAACCAGUACCAGGACUACUCCCAGGACAAGCCGGAGGAGGACGAGUGGUUUCGGGCCCAAGACCCGGAACAAGAGGUUCCGCCGGUACGUUACCGACUACGACGUAAACGAGCCGCACCAGCCACAGUGGAGAACGUCAACUGGGACGAGGAGGACGAGCCUACCCCUGCAGAGGCCUCACGACCCGCGAGACCGCGACGCGAGGCCGGCGCCCCACAAGGGUACACGGAAAAGGCUGAAUGCUGGUAUCAGACCAUACGCGACGAAAUCUGGCGCAAGGACGAGGCGGACUACUGGCGAGAUCAACAGGCAGCCGUGGAAGUGGCCAUCGACUUACCUCAACAAGGACGCUCCUGGAACAAGGCUACGGAAAAUCUUCAAUCCUACUUCGUGGGAGCGAUGAAACGUCAGGCCAUUGAGGUUUCGGAGAAACGGCUCACGCAGGACGAACGCGAAGCUUUUCAACAAGCGAAGAUGAUCGAGGUCCGAAACUUUAUCGCCGCUGGAGCAUUUGAAGCAUUACCGGCUCAUCUGAGACCCUCACGGGACCAAGCAAUUGGCAUGAGGUGGGUGCUUACUUGGAAGACGCGUGAAGACGGCUCCCGGAAGCCUAAGGCACGCGCAGUGCUCUUAGGCUACCAAGACCCUGGAUACGCGCACCGCGCGACCACCGCUCCAGUGAUGACCCGCUUGAGCCGCCAAUAUCUCCUACAACUUGCCGCGACGCACAACUGGAAUGUGUAUAAAGGAGAGGUGUCGGGAGCGUUUCUCCAAGGCCGCGAAUAUCCUGGUGAGUUGUUUUGCGUGCCGUGCCCCGAAAUUCUUCAGCAAAUGGGGUUGCCAGAUGGAUCGAUUACCAGGCUGCGGAAAGCUUGCUAUGGUCUGGUGGACGCACCUUUGGAAUGGUACAAGACAGUAUCGGAUUUCUUGGCCAGUCUCGGCCUGGAACGCCUCUGGUCAGAUGCUUGUACCUGGGUCUGGAGACCCGAAGGACGCGUUCGCGCCGUGAUUUCAGGUCAUGUAGAUGAUUUCAUGUUCACGGGAGGCGAAGAUGACCAAGGCUGGCAGGCUAUUGUCGCGAAGAUCAAGGACCGCUUUCAUUGGGGUGAUUGGGACAAGAACGACUUCAUACAGUGUGGAGUACGCAUUCAGAAGACAGCCAAUGGUGGUUUUAGUCUUUCCCAGCCUAAGUACGUUGAGGACAUUCCCGAGAUUCCGGUCAACAGCAGUCGUCGUAAGCAGUUGAACGAGUCUACCACUGGGUGGGAGAAAACACAGCUGCGAGCCUUACUGGGCGCACUGAGUUGGCAUGCGCAACAAGUUGCUCCACAUGUGUCAGCACCGGUAGGUCUCCUUCUUUCAGAGACGAACAACAGUACAGUGGCUACGUUGCUACAAGCCAACAACUUACUGCGGCGCACUAAGGAGCAAAAAGAGCACCAGAUGCUAAUUCAUCCUUUUCCACCUGAGGUUGAACUAGGCCUGUUUGCUUGGGUGGAUGCUGCCAGCCAGAGUCCGGGGGCAGCUGAAACUCUGGCAGCUGUCAACGGAGAAGAUGAGCUCUUCUUUGCCAGGUUCCACUGGUCCGAGCUUCUGUUCGGUCAAGUGAACACUAAGGAACCUCUGGCGACUGUACGUCGCACCACAGGUUGUGUGGUAACGGACUCCCGUAAUGUGUAUGACAAGCUCCAAACCGAGGUGAUGUCCAUCAAGGGCGCAGAGAAGCGGGCAAACAUCGAAUUGCUAAGUGUCAAACAAGCACAGUACGAUACUAAGGUGCAGAUUCGUUGGGUUCACUCAGAAGCUCAACUGGGCAACUCCUUGACUAAGGCCAAUGGCUACCACGAGCUGGAGAUGUUCUACAAGAUGGGUCAUUGCUGGCGCAUCGUGGAAGACGAUCAGAUGCGAAGUGCUCGCAGGCGAAAGGUGGCUGGCAUGGAUCCUCUACAGCAAACAACAGCUGCAGCAGCAGAGCAACCGCAGGAGGGAGAGAGUCCUUACUACCUUGCGGACUGGGUGGGAUGCAAGUGCGAAGCACCUGACUUCUCUCUCGUGUCCAUGAUCAUGUGA